GUGCGAACAGCAGACAUCCUUCUUGAUUCCGUGCCGGGCGAUAUUAUAAUACAAAAAGCAACAGAUGAUAACAUUUGCUCCGCUAAUGUUGGGCUGGCGCCACCACAACCCUUAAUAUCUUUCGCACCUAAUACCAUACCAGCUAUUCCACUCCCAUCGCUGCAAGACCAAGCCCCACAUGCAUCUCAAUCCCUUCUCCAGCCAGACCUAACCAAUCCCACAAACCCAUCGAAUAAGGAAAUGCCACAGCCGACAUGCAAACACCAACGCUAUGCAAAUCCCCAACCCACAAACCACAAAUCGCAAUCUGAUCUAUACCAACCCUUUGCAUCUCGCUCCACUCGCAGUCUAUACAUGUAUGCAAACAGGAGUGGUAAGUGGAUCCGGUUCCCAGAUGAAUAGAUCCAUAUGCAUGAAGCUCCAAAAUACACUGCAAUAUCACACACAAGCAAACCGCGCUCUCAAAGCCAAUCCAGAACCCGAUUCAAUCUCGUCUUCAAUUUCUUACACUUUUUGUCAUCAUUAUCAUCGCCUCUUCCAUCGCUCCCACUGCCAUCACAAUCGUUCGGUUUAUGAUCUAGUUUGCUGUCGACAUUGCCGUCACCGCCAGAAUGCUUGCCGUCCUCUCCAUUAGGCCUGGGAAUGUGAAGUAAGCACCAAGGAAACAGA